AUGGUCAUGGUAGGGGAAGCCCUGAAGACGCACCAAGGGUCUCCCAUGAGCGUCGGGCGCCAGAUGGGAAAGCAACAUGGGCUAGCUACAAUCCAAACCGCUCCACGACCCUCUGGCUUAUCUCCCGUAGCCUUCUCUGUUCUAUUCUCCGACAUUGGAAAGACCUUUUACGCAAACCGCGGCUGGGCUGCUCAUCCGAGCACACACCUUGCCUUUCCCCCUCUGGAACCGAACUCUGAAAGCAUUACCGACGGCACCGCAGCCUCCUCCCCGGCUGCGCCAAUCCGCUACCAUGAACUUGCCGAGCUCUGCGCCUGCGACGAGGCCCUCCUCCACCUUGACGCAAUACUCUGGCACAUGAUGCGCGAGGACUUCAUCACGCACCGCAUCUUCGACCGCGCCCCCACCGUCCGCGGUGGCGUCCACGGGCCCAAGGGCCGCCGGGUCUGGGCCGUCUGGACUCGAGCCUACCAGACUGUGCCCCCUCGCUUCCACCAUCCUCCAUCGUCGAACCGACCGCAGGUAACACGUUACAUAUCCUGCGGCUCGUCGUUGAGGACGAGGCCUGCUCCGAUGAAGACCUCGCCCAAAGCGUCGCGGCUAUCCUACGUUUAG